AUGGAGCAGUCGAUAUGGGCACAGGCAGCGCCUCCACCGGCAGAUCAGCCAACGUCCGCUGCUGCACAUUACGAUGCACCGCUGGGAACCGCCGGCGACGACACAUUUGCGCCCACCGGCGCUCAACAAGACGACCUCUUCGACGAUGUCAUGCCGCCGCCAGAGUCCAUGCGCCUGCGGUCCGAUGAUGACCUCUUCAGCGACGACUUCACGCCCGCGGCACAGCCUAUAGUCGAGCCGUCAUCGCCUCAGUCUCUUCACGAGCCGCCGCCGCCGCGGCCGCCUUUUGAGGCACCCAGAGCUCGAGGUAGAGGCCGGGGAAGAGGCCGCGGCCAUCGCGAUUCGAGAGAUGUCGAUGGCAGGGCUCACAAUCAGCCUCAGGCGCAUGACAUCUGUAACAAAGCACCUGACAAUGCUCCAGCUGGACCACGUAAGGAUGUUGCACGACCUGUCCGUGGAGACAGGCAAGCCACAGGCGGCAUUCGGAAGCCGAAACUGACAGAAGAAGAGCUGGCGGAGAAGAUGGCACGAAUUCACAUCAAGAACGCGUCGUUGACGGCAGCGCACGCUCGAGCAGAAGCCGAUGCGGCCUCAUUUGCGGAGCGAGAACAGCAGGCGAAAACCCUUGCCGAGCAGCGACGCAAAGAGGAGCGGCGAGACCGGCAGCAGCUGAUGGGCGAGCGUGAGAAGAACCGGCUGCGCAAACUCAAAGCCAUGACUGGGCGCGAAUGGGAUGCAGAAAAGCAGGAAGCGGACUUUGACAAAGGUGCGCGCUUCGAUAAGCCGGGUGGCUUUGCAGGCGAUCAACAGGAUUACGACGACGGAAGACAGUAUCUGUACCGCGAGCCCAAGGAUGCACAACGAGGCCAGAGUGGUCGUCGAGGCAAUCAUGCUGGGCAGGCUGCUGUGCAGGUUGUGCCCACCCAGGAGGAGUUCCCUGCUUUGUCGGCUGAGAACACUGCGAACACAUCAGCCGCUUCCUCCAACCCCAAUACGGCACCCGCUGCUGGCGACGCGAGUAAGGCCAAUACCAAGUCUUGGGCUGAUCAAGUAGAGUCCGCAUUAUGAUGCGCAUCACAUUACGAUAGACGUCUCAAAAAGCAUCAUUGUUCCUAUUCUGGCGGCAAUCAAAAGCG